AUGUUCUCACGAAUUUUCUUCCGAACAAUACCGAAUUUGAAACGAUGGACACCCGUACGCUUCAAUUCUCAGAAUUCUCAGCAAAUCGACCCAGCCAAAGUGAAAGCAUUCCAAGAGAAAGUCGAUAAAGCAAAAGUACGACGUGCCUAUGCUCUCGGAGGAUGUCUCAUGUUUAUUUGGAUUUCAACACACGGAAUUUUGCUUUAUAAACGUCGAAGUGAGCACCGAAAUCUCAACGAAAAGCUUCCACCGAUUUCAUGGGAAGAGUUUGAAGAGAAGUAUUUGGCUACUGGUGAUGUAAAAUCAAUCGUUUUUCAACCACAUUUCGAAACGGCCAACGUUUAUUUACAUUCAGCCAAAGAGCAACAAAUGAAGAAGAAUUUCGUGGAUUUGGUCCACACAACACCUGACAAGUUCUCCCGCCCUCCGGACGUUCGAUUCUAUCUGGAAGCAUCUGCAGAAGACGUGCAAUCCCUCGUCACCGCCGCCACUCAAAAAUACAAAAACCACGUGGAUUUCGAGUUGGAUCAAUUUCCCAGUUAUCGAGAGCUCUCCUUCAUCGUCGGAUCCUCGCUUUUUGUGUUGGCAGCGAUUACGAUGGCGAAGUGA